UUGGUGACAAUCUUCCACAAAUAGCAUGUAAUAAUAAUAAGAGAUUCCCACCAACAUUUUAACCAUUUUUUAACUCAUGAACUUGUCCUGAAAAAGAAUCAGUGAUGAUCAACUACCAAAGUAGUAGUAUCCCAACCCCAUGCAUUUGUGAAUUGGGAUCAUAUCCCCGCCAACCACAUUUACUCAUCAAGUAGAGAAACAAUUUACUCGCCGCCAAAGUUCACUCUCAACUCUGCAUCAGAACCGAAGAACAGAAACUAUAUAUAAUGCAUGCACUACAAUUCAUUCUUCAACACAGAAAAGAUACAAAGCAUAACUAUUAAAACAUACUAGCUAGCUAGCUUGUCUUAAAAAUGGCUCACAAAGCUUCCUCUUAUUUCAUUGCACUUAUUCUCAUAUCCAACAUCCUUCUUUUCUCUGUUUCUGCACGCACCAUUGCUGUGAAUCCCAACAAUGAUGACAAGAAAUUCUUGUUCAAGUCUCAUGGAGGAGUGCACAUUCCUGGCUUUGGACCAGUGAGAUUUCCACCUCUUGGGACCAUACCAAAUAAUCCAUUCACCCGGGGCAUUGGAGGUGGCGGAGCCGGCGCAGGAGCAGGACCAACUGGCCGCAGUUAUGUUCCCGGUGGCGAUGACACCUUUGUACCAAACCCCGGAUUCGAGGUUCCGGUUCCUGGUGGCAGUGGUGGCAGAAUUCCAGGCUCAGUUCAUCCAUGAGUUUCAGUCAUGCAUUAGUGCAAUAGCUAAAGUAGUUUAUUUGUAAUGGUGUGACUGUUCUUAUGGUUUGAUUAAGAUUUUGCCGUUUUGUUUCCUUCUUUUUGUGUGCGCUUUCUACAAAUAAAUAUGUGUGCUUGUAACACACUGGCUUCUACUUGGUUUGGACACUAAGGACCGCUCUGCUACAUCUUUUGUGGUUUUUUCUUGUAAUCUAUAUAUUUUUUGUUGUUUAAUUAUUAGUCAAUACUCUAUAUGUGGCAAGA